UCUUCUCUCUUUCUAUUUUUUCUUCUAUCUUCAACUUUCUCUUCCGAUCCAAAAUCAAAACCGUUAUCGUAAUCGAAACUCACCACUCUCUUAGAUCUCUUUCUCUCUGAAACUCAUAUUCUCCAAGCUCGUUAUUUCUUCCUUUUUUCUCCAAUCGCUUCGCUAGGGUUUCCACGAACCACUUCCCUUUCCUUUCAUCAUUCAAGGUCCUUAAAUUGGCUUGAAUGAUCGUGUCGCGACAACCAGGCUAUGACUUCAAGUAUGUUGAGUGGGGAUCGAAGGUGGACCUCUUCCACCAGAAGAGGUGGUAUGACCGUGUUGGGGAAAGUUGCAGUUCCAAAACCUAUAAACUUACCCAGUCAGAGGUUAGAAAAUCAUGGUCUGGACCCAAAUGUGGAGAUAGUGCCCAAGGGUACCCUUGGCUGGGGCAGCAAAUCAUCAUCUUCUGCAUCAAAUGCAUGGGGUUCUUCUUUGUCUCCCAAUGCCAAUGCUGGGGCUAGUUCACCCAGUCAUCUCAGUGCCCGUCCAUCAUCUGGUGGAAGUGGCACGCGACCUUCAACUUCUGGUAGUGAUAUGGCUUCUGAACUAACUACUACUAGUGCAUGGGGUUCAAGCUCUCGGCCUUCAUCAGCAUCGGGGCCGCCAACUUCAAAUCAGACUUCACAAACAUCAUUGCGUCCUCGCAGUGCUGAAACAAGACCUGGUAGCUCACACUUAUCUCGAUUUGCUGAACACGUGGGUGAAAACUCAGUGGCAUGGAAUGGGGCUAGAACUACAGAGACACUGGGAAUUACACAACGCAAGAAUGAUGAUUUUUCUUUGAGCACCGGAGAUUUUCCUACUCUUGGUUCUGAGAAGGACAAAUCUGUACAUGAUGUUGAGUUGCAAGAUCACAGUUCUCAUAUUCGGCCAGACUCUUCUUCUGGACUUAGGAGAGAUAAAAAUGAGACCUCAACCAUCGAUGAUGUUCCUGUUCAUGAUAAUGCAAAGGGUGAAGCUAUAAAUUCUUGGAGAAGAGACUAUCAAGCUUUUAAUGAGGGUGGUAUGAGGCCUGGAAUAGAGAAAUGGCCAGGGAAUCUCCAGACUUAUCAUAAUAUUCCUCCUCAACACUUUGAUGUUUGGCGUGGUGCUCCAGUAAAUAACCAUCAACGUGAUAUUUGGUUCAGAGGUCCACCCAAUGGUCCUCCUUUUGCUCCAGGUGGAUUUCCAAUGGAACCAUUUCCAUUUUAUCGUCCACAAUUUCCACCUAAUGGUCUCGCCAAUCCACCUCAAGUUCCUCCUCCUGGAAGUGGUCCAAGAGGGCAGCAUAAUAAUGGAGAACUCUACAGGCCACCUCAUAUGCCUGAUGCUUACAUUCCUCCAGGUAUGCCAUUGAGACCUGGUUUUUUUCCUGGCCCAAUGGCCUAUGAAGGCUACUAUGGUCCUCCAAUGGGAUAUUGUAAUUCAAACGAUCGUGAUAUCCCUUUCAUGGGAAUGGCAGCCGGAGCCCCUGUUUAUAAUAGGAACUCAAGUCAGAAUCCACAUGAGCCUGGCAAUUCGCAUGGUAGAUCUGGUGGACAUGAUCCUGCGGUAAAGCCAUUGGCCUCAGAACCGGUAGAAUCCAGCCACACUCCUGAUACUGUCGGACCCUACAGGGUUCUUCUUAAACAACACAACAACUGGGAUGGGAAAAACGAGCCAACAAACUGCGAGGACUCGUUAAAAACUAAUGAAUCAUUUGUCGAUAUGAGGGACCAAGUGACAGUGUCUGUCCAGGAGAAUGAUCAUAUUAGGAACAUGAAGACAGAUUUAAGGAGGACAAGUGCUCAUGGCAAAGAAGCUUCUUCUCAAACAUCGGGAAAUCAAGGAUCUAGUUUUGUAAACAAUGCCAAAUCACUUGAAAGCACCAGAAGCUUUAAUAAUGAUAAUAUUGCAGCAAGGAAAUUGGAUGGUGUAGUUUCUAAUACACUAGAAACUUCAUCAAGAUUGCCCUCCCCUCAAGAUUCCUCUCUGAUUCAAAAGAUAGAGGGUUUAAAUGCAAAAGCCAGGGAUAAUUCAUCUACUAAAAGUAAGGAGGAGAGGAGGAAUAAGUUCCAUCCUGAUAGCCAUGCGGAAAAUGAAGGCAGUGCUGGUGUUGUGUUUCCUGAUACAACCCUUGCCACUGAAGUUAAAAAUCCAACUGCUCGUGGAGUGGGUGCUUUUGGAGGCGAAAAGAAUUUUGAAUCAUCAUCUCUCAGUGGAACAGCCACAUCCAGGCAUAUUUCUCAUGGCAUGCAAGGCAGAAGCAAUCAUCGUAAAGGAAGACUUGAUGCUCAAGAUGCUGAUGGUUGGCGAAAGAAGUCUGGGGUCAUAGAUUCUUCAACUUCAUUAGGUGCACAGUUGGAUGCAACUAACAUUCUUGUUGGUGAGCAUCAAAUAUCUGUUGAUGCCUACGAAAGGUCUGGGUCCUAUAGCCAAGUAGGGCGCGAAGGAGAGUCUAUGCAAAACUUGGCUAAUUCAGCUGAUAACCAUGCACAGCAUGCUAAUAAUACAAAAGAGUUGGCCAAGCAACAGACUAAGCAACGGCAGGAGGAAGAGGUGGAGCGGCCUAAAAAGCAAAAGGCUAAAAGUAUAGUGAAGUUAGGUGAGGUAAACAAGCGCACACAAGCCGUGGAAGGGUCAACACAGAAAGUGCAUGAUGCAAAUUCUGCCCUACAGAAUAAGCAAGAAGCAUUUCAACCUUCUGAAUCAGCAACAGCUUUGGGUAAAUCUGGAGCAGCCACUUCAUCUGUAAUGCCUAAUGACAAUGAUGCCAACAUUAACAGAGUUCAGAAAGCACCCAUCUUGUCCAGUGAAACAUCUUUAGAGACAGUAAAGAAUGCCGACAAAGAACCUGUUCUGAAUCACAAUAAAUCAGCGACCUUGUUCCACAAUGUUAAUUGUGGUGAUGCCACUAAUGCUUUACAGGUUCACAACAAUGUCGCAUCAAGGCAGAAAAGAGCGGGCUAUAAACAUAAAAAUAAUCUUUCUCAAGAGAAGAAUUUGAAUGUUUCUACAACCUCAAAUGUCCCAAAAGUUGAGAAUCACACAGUGGCUCAUGUUAAUGUUUCUUCUGGCAUUGCUGCUGGUACAAAUGAAGUUAUUUCAACCUUCAGCUCAGGCUUACCCAUGAAUUCAACUUCUACGGUUGAGUCGCCUGUAAACCAGAAAAGGAAGAAUAGCAGGAAUAGUAAAAACAAACAGAAAGUUGAAGAGCCUUUGUCCGUGGCUGCAUUACCAUCAGCAACUGCAAAGGAAGUCAAUCUUUCUAGAAGCUCUGUUGAAAAUAAAGCCAGAAAAGACGUCGAAUUAGAUCAGGGCUCAGACCAAAGAUAUAUAGAAAAUGAAGAACCUUAUGGUAGAAUGAAUGGCCAGUUGAAAUCACAGCAUUCUCGUAGGAUGCCAAGAAGCUUGCAGGCUAAUAGACAAGCAGAGAAAUCCCAUGGGAGUGAUGUUUUGAUGUGGGCACCUGUUAAACCGCUAAACAAGAUAGAGACCUUGGAUGAAUCAAGUGAGAAAAGUAAAACUGAGGCAAUUGUUCCUGCAAAGAGUGAUCAGCAGGUGCAUAGUUUAAAAAAUAAGAGGGCUGAAAUGGAGAGAUAUGUUCCAAAACCUGUUGCAAAAGAAAUGGCUCAGCAAGGAAGUUUACAACAAGUGGUGUCCUCGAUAAGUCAAGUUCCAACAGAUGACUGUGUUGAAAGAGUUGAUUCUGGUCCUCAUGGCCCCCAGAAUACUAGGCAUGCUAUUUCAGGUGUUGGAAAAAUGGGUUCCGUAAUGGAAUCUAAAAAUGGAGAUAGCAGGCAGAGUAGGGCUUGGAAGGGAAAAGCACAUGGAUCAUGGCGGCAAAGGAAUUCAAUAGAAUCAAAUGAUAUGCAUGACAUGCAAGAUGGAGUGAACCAUGGUUCAAAUUCCUGUCAAAAUAUUCAAAUACCAAUGGAGCGUCAGCAAUUGCAUGUGUCUGAAACAAGCUUGUUGAGAGGGCAUUCAAAGCAUGCCAAUGACACUAGUAAACCUGAUGGCAGGGAGAGGCAGGUUCCUUUUAGACGACAGAAGGGCACUGGGGUGAACCAUGAAGUUGAUGAGAAGAAAAAUGCUGGGGACACAGGGAAAACUGAAACAUUGUUAUCAUCGUUUGAGCAAAAUCAACCAGAUCUCAAUGCUGUUUCCAUGGAAAGUCAAAGUACUGGAGAUCGUAUUUCAUCUCAUUGGCAACCCAAAUUUCAGGCAUCAACUAAUAAUCCGAGAGGUAACAGGCCCAAGAGAAAGGAGUCUGCUCAUGCUGCUGCUGGUGUAUCAUUUUCAGAUGGUCAAGACAACGAGUCUGGCACUCUUACAGCACAACCUCCCAGCCAAUCAGUUCCGGAGAAGUCAAAGGGUGGGGAUGCUUCAAAUUUAGGGAAUCCAGGGACUGUAAGAGAGACUAGAAAUGCUCCACCAAAAGGCCGUCCCCACUCCUCGAAUCAGGUAGCUGCUAGCUCAAGUGAGCUGGCUCCACCAGGUAUGGAUUUUAGGCAUCAGCAACGUCCAUCAUCUGGAGGACGCAGAAAUGGAAACCAAAACCGUUUUGGAAAGGGACAUGAAUCUCAGGGAAACUGGGAAACAACUGCCCAAGAUGAGUGGCAUCAUCAUAACCAAUCUGGUAACCGGGAAAGACAAGGUCCAAACUUUCAUAAUCAUCAUGAGUAUCAAACUAAUGGGCCACAUGUUGGUGACAGCAAAUCAGACUACUCUGAACGGCCUGAAGAUGGUAAUUAUCAGGCUGGGGGAAGAUUUAGGGAGAGAAGUCAAACUCACUCAAGACGAGGUGGUGGAAACUUCUCUCGCCGCUAGUUAGAGUGGUGGUUUUGAUUAGAAGCUGUUAAUGAGUAGUGGUUCUACUUCAAGAUGGUUUUUGUGCUCCAUCAGAAGCCCAUAUGUAUUGGUGCUUUGUUCAGUCUUAUUGGGGUAUAUUUAGUGCAGGUUUUGGAUGAUUUGAGUUUUGAAUGGUAAUUGCAGUUGCAUCAGUUAUGUUCUGAUGGUCGGUAGGCAUUGGGCAGGGCUAGGAACAAUGAAGACGAUGCCUCCUUUUUUUGAGGCUGGGGAAAGAAAAAGUUGGAUGGCCGGUGCCCUGUUAUUUAUUAUUCUUCAUAUGUAUCUGAAUGAAAAUAGUAAUUUGAUGGCAUCGCUUUUUGUUUCUAGUUUCAUCAAAACUGCUGUCCAUUGACUCUGUACUUGUUUCUUCCUUUCUAUUUUAUAUAAGCUUAUAUAUUUUUGGUUCCGACAA